UCCUGCUUUGGCCCUUGGUGGUCAGUGGCUUACAUGAUGCGAUCCGGUCACCCUGGUAUGCCGAGGUGCGCAUGCCCACUAAGAGGACGCAGCGGCUCCAUGUGUGUUGAGGCGCAUUAUUUGGCAACAGACGCGGCAGUGGGGAGGGCCGAAAAAAAGAGGAUAUCCCCUGGAUUUAAAAAAAGCAACGAUUUAUCGAGGUUAACUGCAGAUUAAACAUUCCUUGGUCGACCAUCGGUGAAGAACGGGAGACAAAGCUACCGAGGGAUGUCUGAGGAGGCUGUCCGCCAGACACGCAGCCAGAAGAGGGUGCUGGAGAAGGAUGCUGCUCCCCACUCUAUAGAACUCUCUGAUGCUGACCGCGAAAGCAAAAAGCCCAAAUUGGACACGUCUGAAGCCACAACACAGGAACGAACUGAACUUGAACCCGAGCCUGUUCUGGCACAGGAAGAUCCGGGACGGACUAUGGUUGGAUCAGAGCAGGAGAAGAGCCUGUCGCCGUUAUCUCUGGCGUUACCUUUGGCGUUACCUUUGGCCUCUCAGCCGGUGGAGGAGGAUCGGGAGCGGGCCCAACAGACAAUGGUUGAACCCAGCUCAGACAAUCGGACUGACUGCAACGACAGAGCCAGCACGGUGAAGUCAGAGCCAGCUGUGGAUACAAGGAGCCAGGUCCGACAGACGGAGCCAAAGGCCACCAUUAAAGUGGAAGUUCAGACGGGAGAGCAGCCUGUGGACAUGAGCACCUCCAGAGGCAGUAUCAAAAGGGAGAAGCGCCCUCCGUCCCCUGAAGAUGACGAUGUCAUCAUCUUGUCCGACAACGACUCGCCCAGUCCACCAAUGAAUGGCUUGAGCCACUUUAAGGAGCUGGACACAGACCUGCUCAUGAAGAGCAGCCCGGUGGAGAGGGAGCGCAUCAUCAAGCAGCUGAAGGUGGAGCUGAGACUGGAGGAGGCCAAGCUGGUGCUGCUGAAGAAGCUUCGGCAGAGCCAGAUACAAAAGGAUACUCUCCAGAAGCCCUCAGGUCUUUCCGGCUCCUCGGCUCCUCCUCCUCUCAUUCGGGGAACAAUUACAAGCAAUAAAGGCUCUCAGCAGAUUUUGACAGGCAGGAGUUCAGGCACAGUGAUCCCCCCGCCGCUGGUGAGAGGAGGCCAGCAGGUGUCGUCCAAACAUGGCUCCCAGAUCAUAAUGCCGCCUCUGGUCAGAGGGACACAGCCCAUCUCUGUAUCUCCACAGCAGAUCCAGGCUCUGCGCCAGCAGCAGCAGCUGGCUGCCUCUGGAGGCUCAGGACCCCCCCCUCUGCUGAUGGGCCCCAGGACUUCAGCCCCUGCGAGCCAAGGCCAGAGAGGCAUGGUCCACUCAGGCCUCAUCAGGAUUGGCAGCAGUGCCAACACACUGGCCUCGGCAUCCAGUUUGAAGGGCUCUUCCUCAGGAAGCGGCGGCGUGUCCGUGGUUAGCGUGAAUGACUCUCCAGCCAGCCGCCAAGCUGCAGCUAAACUCGCCCUGCGGAAACAACUGGAGAAGACCCUGCUGGAGAUUCCCCCACCCAAGCCCCCUGCCCCAGAGUUUAACUUUCUGCCCUCUGCAGCCAAUAAUGAGUUCAUCUACCUGGUAGGACUGGAAGAAGUGGUACAGAAUCUGCUGGAUACCAUCCACAGAGGAAAGACAGGUGUAGCACUGUCCAAGACCAUUACCAGAGACCCCUUCACCUGCACCCAGUGCAAAACCGACUUCACCUGCCGCUGGAGGCACGACAAGACAAAAGGCGGGACAGUCCUCUGUGAACACUGCAUGUCUUCCAAUCAAAAAAAGGUUUUGAAAGCUGAGCACACCAAGAGGCUGAAAGCGGCAUUUGUCAAAGCCCUGCAACAAGAGCAGGAAAUCGAGCAGCGUAUUUUUCAGCAGACGUCCUCGCCAGUCUCCCACAGUAGCUCCUCGUCCUCUUCGUCGAUGAAAGCCGAGCAGCUGGUGUCCCAGCAUUUGAAGCAGGCUCACGCCAGAGCAUCCUCCCAGCACCUCCAACAGGCCAGUCGAGGAGCCAACAUGGUUCACCAUCACUCCGUCAAGCAGAGCUCCCAGGGCCAGCUGUCCCAUGGUGUCUCGUCAUUGGGGGUGAGGGGCGUCCCCCACUCCUUCUCCUCCUCCUCCCAGCUGCAGAGUGCAGUGGCGGCUGCUGCUUUGGUCAGCCGGCCAGGUAAGAAUGCCCACGGUUCCAUGCGCUCUGUCCAGAGUUCAAAGGUGAGCAGCAGUGGAACCGCCGGCGGCAGGAGUAUCAGCGGAGGCAGUGCCUCAUCCACUGCAUGGAAGAAGCAGAGCAACAGCAACACAGGAGUCACUAUGGCCUACGUGAACCCCAGCCUGACGGGUCACAAGUCGUCAGCCGGCGUCGACGCGCGCCAGAGGGAGUACCUGCUGGACAUGAUCCCCUCUCGCUCGUCGAUCUCGCAGACUGCAAACACAUGGAAAUAACUCAAAUAAUACUCUUGUACUAUAUUUUUUUUUUUUUGUUGCUUUUCUCCAAGUUCCUCAGCUCCGAUAAUACGGUCAACAGCAACCCCCCCGGACGAC